CUCCGCGAGAGAGGUUCCGACGCUGCCUGGGCUGGAGGAGACAGAAUGGAGACCGCGACCGAAGGUCCGGGACUGGACCGCGGCCCGACGCUGACCUCGUCCUGGGAUGCGGCGUGCGGGGCGCUGACCCAAAGCCUCCUUCUUACCCGGAUUGGGCCAGAUGCCCAGGACUUGAACUUCGAGCAGCUGCUGGAGCCGUCAGCUCCGGGGCCGGAUCUGGUGAGUCUGAAGAGCAGCCUGAGCCCCCGAGAUGAAAACCCCUGCUUCCUUUACCUGAAGUAUGGGCCUAAUGGGGGUGAAGAAAUUCUUUCGGUUGGCAUUCUGAGUUCAGCAAGAAACAUGGAAGUAUAUGUGGGAGAGGAGUAUUGUGGAACCAGUCGGGGCAAGAAUGUCUGCACUGUCCUGGAUGACAGUGAACGCGAAAAGAUUCUUUUGUACAAAAAAUACCUAAAAUUGGAACCUCCCACCCAUGCUUGUAAAAUAAAGUUGCUGUCCUUCGGUGAAAAGCAGUGUGUGCUCAUCAGUAGAGUUGUGGUGCACGUGAGACCAAGGUCAGCAAAUCCUUCACCAAGCUCUUCUGCUCUAGGAUCACGGAUAGACCUCGACAGUAUCCAAACCAUAAUGGAGUCAAUGGGAUCAAAGUUAUCUCCUGGAGCUCAGCAGCUGAUGAAUAUGAUUAGGUUUCAGCAACAGAAUUGUCUUCCCAUUGGAGAUCAGCUUCAGUCAAUGCUGGGGACCACAGGCCACAAGCAUCUGAUUGCACUGCAGUCCUCACCUUCUUCGGGAGUCUUAGAUAAAGCGUCCUCCACACCUUUUCCUUUUAGAACUGGAUUGACACCUUCAGCCAUCACGGAAAAUUUAAAGGCUCUUAUUGAUAAAAGCACACAGCCACCUGGAAAAGGAAAUACCACAAACCAUGAUGAGUGCCACCUUGUGCCACAAAACCAUUCCCUUCUUGAAAGUGAUCUUAAAACUGCAGUGUCUUCUUUCUUACCGAAGAAGGCAAGUGGCAACUCAAAUGUGGCCAGCUCUGAGUUGCUGCCUUUUCUCCAGAAUUUAUGCAGUCAGGUCAACCAUCUCCGCGUGGGACAUAAUGCCAAGUGGCAGGAGAACAGCUGCAAGCCCCGAGAGAGCACUGCUGGGGUUUCGAUGGAAGAGCAGCCUGUUUGCUCCUACUUGGAAAAGGUUCUUUCUAAAAACAUGGAGCUCAUGGAAAAGAAGCUUAUGGACCACAUUGAUGAGAGGAUCUGUCAGCUCCAGGAGCACAUAGAUGCAAAAAUGGCUUUGUUAGUGGACUUGCUGCGAAACCCCAACUCCCCACCCCCAGGGAUACCUCUAAGACACUAUGACUCCAGAGAAAGACUUUCCAAUGGAGAGAGAUAAGCUAUCGACAUACCCAAUUAUUGCAGAUAUUUAUUACAUAUUUAUUACAAAGCCCAAAUCCAAAAAGGUUAUAAAAAUCAAGUCUUUAAUGUCCUUUGAAGGAUUGUUGUCUUACAUGGUGACCUCAGUGCUCUUUUUAGUGCACUUGUUACUGUAGACCCGGGUCUGCACCAUCAGCUACCCUGAUGCAGUCGUAAGUUAUUUUGCUCGCUAUAUUUUUCACUCUUACAGAAAUGUAUACUUGUAUUGCUCGAGUUUUUAGGAUAUGUAAAGACUUCUAAUGCAAUUCAUUGGUUUGUAUUGUAUAUAACAUAUGUUUGAAGUGGAUUUUUUUAUUUAUACAGAUACCUGUGAAAUAUAGUCUCAGGAGUAUGAAAAGUAA